GGCGGAAAUUCUGUAGCCAAUAUACUGGAAUAUUGAUCUUGAACCAAGGAAUCCGAACAAGUGUUUUGUUUAUGUCUCAGUCUUAAUCAGUUGUGAGUCACGGGUUGUGGUUGAAAAUGGCCCAAAGCUAAAACGCGAGCGUUUACAGAGAUCUGAGAUUUUACAUUUUGAAUAAUUCUCCCCAACAGCUGGAACAGAUGAUUGCUGGAAGGAUGUGGUUAAAUGAUUCCCACGUGUUUCUACAAAAGGUUUACGGACACAGCUUGAUGACCCCCUCCCUGGACAAAACGGUGAUAUUUCUUUCCAGCAGCUCCGUAUGUUGUUUGUUUUUCUUUGUUUGUUAGAUUAUUAUCUGGCAGAAUAAAAUAAGUCAAACUCAACAGCAGAGGACCAAAGCCUUAACCUCUCUGCCCUGCUGCUGGAACAAGAGAUGCUGAAUGUAAUUUUUGGAUGACUCACACUGGCGAAUGUGAGUGUGUGUGGGCAGUGUCUCACGACUGUGUGUGUGUGUGUGUGUUUGUCAGCACUCAUAGUGUACUGUAGAGUGGCUGGCACUCUAUCUGGCUCUGUAACGAUUCGCAGUUUCACAUCAGAACAUGCAAAUUACGAAGGGAAUUCACCAGUGGCUGCGGAUUGAAACGUCAAGUAAAAAUAUCCCUCUGGAUUCAGUUGGGCGAGGUUUUAUAGAUGCUGCACACAGAUGAAGUUUGUUACCCCGCUGACAAUGUGGGUAAACUGUUUCUCCUCAGAUUGUUGUGGUUGCUGAACAAACACCAUCUGUAUGUUUGUUCAGGAGUGUAUUCAGCCAAGCGUCGUAAUCCCAACAGUGCUGCAAGCUCAGUGUGUUGAAUGAAGCUGGAGUGUCAGGGCGAGGCCGGCUCGAGAUUGUUUGAUGGUGCGAGUGGAUUAUAGAGGGAUCAGAUGGUCAAUUGAUUGGGUUUAGAGAUUUCUUUGUAUUGUGUAUGGAUUUAUCUGUCUGUACACACAUUCAGCCAUUUUUUUGCCACUCAUCUGCGUCCAAGUCUUUUCUAUCCAAACACACCCUCCAUUACGCGUUCCAAGGCCAGAUGUUAUCACGUGUUGUUGACAUUGAUUAAACUAUCUAUUAAGGUGAAUUUAAGUUUAAUCUGCGAUAGAGAUAUACAGUAUAGUAGAUUUUCUGGAAAUUCAAUGUGGAAAAAACAUGUAUAAAUAAAGAUGGAAAUAUAUGUUUUUGCCUAAAGCGUUGCAAAGAAAAAAAAACACUAAUCCGAUCAGUACAAAAGUCCUACAAAUCCAACAAUGCCAUAAAGCAGCAUUGAUCACUGAUUGAUAAGCAAUUGAUUGUUUUAUCAUUACUUGCUAGUUCCAGGUUUUUAAAUUAAAUUCAAAUCUUAGAUGUUUGAACUGUUGGAAGAUGUCUCCUUGGGCUCUGGAAACUUUGCUGGACAUUUUUCCCAGUUUUCAGACAUUUGCAAAAAAAAAAAAAAAGAAAGAAACAUUAGUUGAGGAAAAAAAAAGAGUGUCCUCAUUGUGCUGUUGGAAAAACAUAAAUCCUUGUGGCAUGAAAUUUCUUACGAAACAUUUGUGCCAGUGCACAUUAGCUGCAUAUGAACUUAAUUUUGAGGAGAGGGUUGGGAGGUAGAUUCUAAUGUUAGAGCUUCUCCUUCAGGCUCAGCUUGUUCUCUGGGUGGUAGUGAUUUCAUGUUCCUGUAGGACAUUCAGUUCAUGUCAGAAACCAUCUAAAUCCCUUUCCUUCAUCGUUGUGUAAUUUGUUAUUGACAGGAGCUGUCUCUGCUGCAUUGUAACAGGUGAACAGUAUCAGCCUCGAGAUGACAGGAUUUGCUGUAUUAGUCUUUGCCUUGCUUGACUGUCAGCAGGGAGCGUCCUCAAGUCAUUGGAGCCCGUAAAUCCCUCCGUAAAUAUUGUCAUAUUUUCAAGUCCAACCUCCGCAAUACACGAGGCUAUGGGUAGUGCACAUGCGAAGCCAAAACUAUUUGUUCUCCAAGGAGGGAUUUUUCGUCCAAUGUGUGGGGGGCUGUGAGUAAUGCAACUGAACACUUUAUCCCCACAGUCACACAAGUACAAUCUGUUCACGUUUCUGUUCCCUGCAGAGCCUUUUUCAUUUCUCCAACCAGUGAACAAAUUUCGGUCAACAGUAGUAGUUUUCCAGCGGUUUUUCUUCUCGGGCAUAAAUACAGUUUUUUACAAUGACCGCCUCCAGUGUUUUGUCCAUCAUGGAGCAGUUCAACCCCUGCUUGCGGAACUUCAUAGCCAUGGGGAAAAGCUACGAGAAGGCGCUCACCAGUGUCACAUAUGCUGCAAAGGGCUACUUCGACGCUCUGGUGCGGAUGGGCGAGAUGGCCAGCGAAAGUCAAGGCUCUAAGGAUCUUGGGGAGGUGCUGUUUCAGAUGGCUGAAGUGCACAGACAGAUCCAGAUCCAGCUUGAAGAGAUGCUCAAGUCCUUCCACAACGAGCUGCUCACAGAACUGGAGAAGAAGGUCGAGCUGGACGCACGCUACCUGAAUGCUGCACUGAAAAAGUACCAGAUGGAGCACAAGAGCAAAGGGGAGAGUCUGGAGAAGUGCCAGGCAGAGCUGAAGAAACUGCGCAGGAAGAGCCAGGGCAGCAAGCACCCCUCCAAGUAUGGAGACAAGGAGAUGCAGUUUGUGGAGGCCAUCAGCAAUAAGCAGAGCGAGCUGGACAACUACAUCGCUGAGGGCUACAAGAACGCUCUGUCCGAGGAGAGGAGGAGGUACUGCUUCCUGGUGGACCGCCAGUGUGCCGUGGCCAAGAACAGCACUGCCUACCACAACAAGGGGAAGGAGCUUUUAUCCCAGAAGAUCCCAGUGUGGCAGCAGGCGUGUGCCGAGCCCAACAAACUUCCAGAUCGUGCCAUGUUUCUGGCCCAGCAGAUGAGUGGUGCAGCGGGCACCAUGCCUCCCGGUGCUCAUCAUCCAGGCAUGCCCAUCUCUGAGCCCAUCCCUGGUGUUAAACCCCUGCCGGUGCCUCCGGAACUGGCGGCUCUCAGGGCCAGCGGGGGUAUGGGACAGCAGAGGCUGAUGGGAGGUGUAGAUGGAGGGAUGCCGGUGAUGAACGGCACGGCCGGCGCCCACGGAGGUGAGGACUACCAGCAGUGGAUGGAGGGCAAGGUGGCCCAGGGCAAGGUCUCGCCGCAGACCCAGCGGCAUGGAGGAGAGGUCUACUCCAACACCCUGCCUGUGCGCAAGGCCGCACCCGCCAAGAGCAAGACCACACUGACGGAGACCCGUACUCUUCCCCGGUCCAGCUCCAUGGCUGCGGGGCUGGAGAGAAAUGGGAGGACUCGUGUCCAGGCCAUCUUCUCCCAUGCAGCUGGAGACAACAGCACCCUGCUCAGCUUCUCUGAGGGUGACAUAAUAACCCUGCUGGUCCCCGAGGCCCGCGAUGGGUGGCACUACGGAGAGAAUGAGAAGACGAGGAUGCGUGGCUGGUUUCCCUUCUCCUACACCAGGGUGAUCUCUGACAAUGAUGGCGACUCCAUGAGGCAGCUGCGAGUACACAACCUCCACCACGGGAAGAGCAGCAGCACAGGCAACCUUCUAGAGAGAGAAGACAUGGCUCUCCCCGCCCCUGAUUACGGCAUGCACUCCCGUAUGGCGGCACAGAGCGCCACUGCGCUGCACGGCAGACAACAACGCCCCUACAGCGUGGCGGUUCCAGGCUUCUCACAGCAAGGAGCUGAAGAGUACGAGCCCCGCUUCCCCACAAGCAAUGAUCCACCCAUCGAGCCGGCUGUGGAGGCGCCGGCCAAACCGCCCCUUUCUGAUGACGAGGACGAAGUGGAGGACGACCAGCUUGAUGAAGCUCACUAUGACUCCCUGGAGAAGGCCUCGACUCCCCCGGGGGAAUACUGAGCUCUCCCUCAGUUCGGACCAGCUGGAGGUGGAUCUCUGGUGCAGCGCUGCACUAUCCUCCCCUCGGCUGUUAACGCUCCGAUUCAGCCGCAUUAUCGCAUAGAGCUACGAAAUAAAUGAAAUAUGACCAGCGGAUGAACUGCGUCACAACGAUUCACAUUUACAGUAAUCUCUAUUAGCUGAGAGAUAAUGUAAAUAAAAGCUACAACUGAUUUCUAUUUGAUCUUCUAGCAUGGAAAGCACAGUGAAAGGCAGAGCAGUAUAAAAAUCAGGCUUUUACUUUCGUAAAAAAAAAAAGGCACGUGCUCACAUUUUGGGGUAAUAGUGAUGGACAGCAGCCAAACAUACAAGGAGCAUGUGGUGUGAAGUGAGGAGGAAUACGUGUAGAUGUUCACCUGCCGGGGCUCAUUUUUCAAAGCCUGAGUUAUUUGCCUCUUACAGUGCGUCACUACCCAGAGACAGACUGAUUCAGGACUCUUCCCAGACCCCGUGAGUCUAGAUGGAGUCGGUGAUCAGUGUGCUUUUUUAAAAAAAUACAGCUUUCCUGUCCCUGCCUUGUCAGCAAAAGGGCUUUAACGGUAGUAAACUACACAUCUCAUCAGGUGUUUCACCUUUUAGCCUCACCUGUUAAUACUGCCUUCUUAAAGGGCACAAAUGUGGUCGUCAAAAGAAACAAACCUGCAAGAAAAACAGAAAAGUCUGUUCUCUGUCUGAACCGAGGCGGAUGAUGUGAAAUACAAGAAGUCAGAUGUUUGAGGAAGAAGAUGAGGAUUAAAAAAAAAAAAGUGUACUGAAACACACCAGAGAGAAUAGAAUAUAGCCAGAAAAUCAGCAGUAUAUGUGGAAUAAAUUUGUGCUGAGCGAUAGCAUCAAAACUGAUAAGCACACUACUCAUAGUACUGUACCUUCAAUUAAUUGUAUACUCACACGAAAUCUUAUAUUCUGUAACAUUAGUUAUAAGCUGUAUACACUGUAGGUGAUUGUACCUGCAGUAAUAAUGUACUGUACUGAUUCUCAGAUUUCAUUGAUUCAUUUUUUCUUUUUUUUGAUUAAUAUUGUUUUUAGUGAACAAGCAGUUUGUAAGAUCUUGUUAAAGCAACAUUUUCAACAGAGAAAUUCUUCAAUAACACAAUGAACAGGAGAGAAACUUUGCGAUUGCAUAUUGACUGUGAUGUGAGGAACAGAGUUGCACUGGUAUAAGUCAUUAUGAGUUUGACUGAGCUGCUAAUUGUUUUUUCCUUUAUUUGCCCAGGUUUUGAGAGUUUUCUGACUCCACCCCAAAACAGUCAAGGUGUAUGGAAUUCACUUACAGAGUUACAGAUAUUUAAAGGUCACAGAUUUUACACUUUUACAAUGUUUUAUUUGAAGUUUUGAUCCAUAAGAAGAUAUAUUAAAGAUAUGUUAAAAACUAUCCCAAUGUAGUUUUACAUCUCCUCUCUCAGGCCUCUCUCUGGAGCUCUAGUAACAACAGGUCAGAGAGAUAAUCAGAAGAUUAUCUGUUGUUACAUCACAAAGUUACAGCAGUCCUGACGGCUCGUUUUAAGGCUCAGUUUCUGAAUACGGGCUGUAUUCAUUUCUCUGUGUACAGUAUUAAUAUAGAACUUAGACCUGCUACAUUAUCAAAGAAGACAUGGAGAUCUGCCUUUAUACUAUAUGGGACCUUUAAUACUUUGUGCUGUGAGCAUAAAUAUGUGAAAGAUUCAACAACGGUGUGUCUUUCCAAUGACUGUGCCAGUUGUAACAGUUUUCACAGGAACUACUGUACCUUCUAAAGAAAAAAGUAGUCCCUAUUAAAACUGUUGUUAGUGAGUUCUGUGGAUUAAAUUUUUUGAAAUAGAUUUUUUUUUUAUGCUUUGAGCACCACAUAUGAAAUUCCAUUCACCAUAACUGCUGUGGGAGUGUUGUAAGAAAUCAGAACCAUGCUGUACAUCUCAAAACCUGGAUAACUGUCUGCUUUGUUUACUUCAGGUAGGAAAAAAAGAAAUCUGUUCUUUCUUGAUAUGGAUGAACAUCCUCUUUAAUUUUGCCUGUCAAUGCGAUGGAGGUUAAGAUGUAAAACAUGUAGCUAUUAAAUGUAUGGGUGAGUUCCAAUAGUGUAACUUUUGUCCUAAGAGUUUCAGUUUUCUGGGACAGGAAACUAAAAGAACUACGAGGUGAAUUUUUCCUUUCACGGCUCAUUAAAGUAAGACUAAAGUACAUUUUUUAAAAAUGUACAGUGUGUGAUAAUAAAAAGUAUUUGAACAUUUAAAAGUAAGACCUGCAACCUGCUUUGCAGACAAGUGACAGUGUCAAACCUUCUAUGAAAUGUGCCUUAGUUAAGUUUUCUAAAUGUGAAAGAGAAUUCACCUCAUAACAAUUGGUACUCACAUAUACAGGAGAUUUACUUUAAAUCUUGUGUGGAGUCAAAGCAGAACUGCACUGGCCUCUAUGGGCUGAAAGUAUCAAGUCUGUUAACAUCAGACCGCACCCAUCAUCAAAGCUGGGUGUAGCCUUGAGUAACUGUGACCACACCUAACCGUGAUGUUGUAGAACUGUACGUUGUGAAACUGUAAAAAUACCACAGAGCAUGCAGAGACCACCAGAUGGCAGUGUUCUUAGCCUGGGCUGAAGUAGCGGUGACACUAUAAUGCUUUUUCCCCUCACCCUACAGAAGAGAUGUAGCAUGGCGUGAUGUACAGCACAACGCUACACCACAGAUGUGAUGCUGGAUAUAGUCAUAGGCUCAACAGACUUCUAACUUUCAACCCCUAGAGGCCAUGCAGCUGUGUUUCCUCCUCUCGAAAUCUCAUGUGGAGACGGUCCUGACUGAUGAAACUUAUACCGGUGUAACUCUGUGAUGUAAGAGGACUGAUACAAUACAAAUGUAACGACCGACACUGACAAAACUGUAUCAUUAUGUGAUUUAAUGGUAAACACAGUGUCUGUUUUUCAAUUUAAUUUUGAGAAUAAAGAAUCAAGUAUUUACGCAGCGUGCUGUGUAUGUCUUGUAUACAG